AUUAUUUAUUUUUCACUAGUUAAUAAGUGAUUUAAGUAAGAAGUAAGUCAACAAAAUUAAAUAUCAAGAUUGCAUUACACAUUAUUAAUAGUGUCUGAACUUUAAGCCCGCCUACUCGGUCAACAGUCACUUGUAAAUUAAAUGUUUUAAAUUGUUAAUGGAAAACAAGUUAUUUGAAAUGUUUAAAAUCGCCGCAGUCGGUUUAUUGAUCAUUUCAUCAAACAUUCUAUCGAGCGGAUACAAAUUUCCUGAUGGAUUUAUGUUUGGUGCAUCUACUGCUGCUUAUCAAAUAGAAGGCGGAUGGAACGAAGAUGGAAAGGGCGUAAAUAUUUGGGACCAUUUGACGCAUUUACGUCCAGAAUUGAUCAGAGACCAUUCGAACGGCGAUGUCGCUUGCGAUUCUUACCAUAAAUACAAAGAAGACGUAGCUCUCGCAAAGGAUUUGAAUUUACAAUUUUACCGUUUUUCAAUAUCAUGGUCUCGUAUAGCGCCAAGUGGAGAAGUGCACAAAUUAAACCCAGAAGGAAUAGCCUAUUACAACCGUCUUAUCGAUGAACUUAUUGCUAACGACAUUGUACCGCUGGUUACGAUGUACCAUUGGGAUAUUCCUCAGUACCUUCAAGAUUUAGGCGGAUGGGUCAAUCCAAUUAUGUCCGAUUAUUUUAAAGAGUAUGCUCGAGUACUCUUCUCUUACUACGGUGACAGGGUUAAAUGGUGGAUUACAUUUAACGAACCCAUGGAAACAAGUAAAGCGUAUUCGUUUAACGGUUAUGCACCUUAUUUACAUUUGAACAAUACCGGCUAUUAUUUGGCUGGUCACACCCAACUCAUAGCUCACAGUAAAGUUUACCACUUGUACAAUGAUGAAUUUAAAGACAAACAACAAGGUAAAAUUAGUCUGUCACUCAACGGAGUUUUUUUCAUACCCAAAGACGAACAAUCUCAAGACGAUAUAAACACAGCCGAACGAGCCAAUCAAUUUGAGAGGGGAUGGUUCAGUCAUCCUGUAUACAAGGGUGAUUAUCCGCCUGUGAUGAGACAAUGGGUAGACAAAAAGAGCAAAAAAGAAGGUCGGCCAUGGUCCACAUUACCAACAUUUACAAAAAAAGAAAUUGAACUCCUUAAAGGUACGGCCGAUUUUUACGCUCUCAACCAUUACUCGACUCGUAUGGUUACACACGGUUCCGAUCCAAAUCCCAACUAUAAUCCAGAUGCUGAAUAUGCGACUUUUGUGGACAAAUCUUGGCCAACGUCAGUGGCAUCGUGGCUUAUAGUUGUACCGGAAGGCCUUAAACGACUCCUCGUUUGGAUAAAAAAUGAGUACGACAACCCACCAGUUAUAAUUACAGAAAACGGAUUUGCCGACAACGGCACACUAAAUGAUUUCGAAAGGAUUAGCUAUGUUAAGAGUCAUCUGAAUGCUACUUUACAGGCAAUAUUUGAAGACAAAUGCAACGUCUUUGGCUACACAGUUUGGUCAUUAUUAGAUAAUUUCGAGUGGAUGGACGGUUACGCAUACCACUUUGGACUGGUCCAUGUAGAUUUCAACAAUCCACUAACACCUCGUACUCUUAAAGCAUCGUAUCAGUUUUUCAAGAAUGUUGUUGCUACGCACAGAUUAGACGACUCAUCGUUCACAACACAAUCUCCGGAACUUUGACUAAAUAUUUUAUUUUGUAUCAUUAUCUUAUACGCAGUCUACAUUUUUUAUAUUUUACUAUGAUAAUUAAAAGAUUACAGUGUGUUAACCUGCUGUUAAACUGUUGUUUAAUAUUUUAUA